UCCUCCUCCCGCGGUUACCUCUGCAGCUCUGUCUGUUGUCUGCGGUAGUGUGUUGUGAGCAGUGAGAGCGGGAGGACGCACGGAGUUUCAAACUUUUAAGUGAAAGUACAGAACAUUACCAGUGACCAAUGAAAGCUAGUGAUCCCAAGAAACUACAAGGAGAUUGGCUGAAAACUGACCAAUAACAGUGACCGUCGUUGAAAACUAACCAAUAACAGUGACCGUCGUUGAAAACUGACCAAUAGCAGUGACCGUCGUUGAAAACUGACCAAGAACAGUGACCAAUAGCAACGACGUAGAGAAUAAUAGUAAUAAUAGCAAAGAAAAGGAACAAUUAAGGUGGUAACGGAGGAUGUGUAGAGAAAGGAACACUGCUACUGGAGAGAAAGUAGCAGUCUCCCUCAGAAUAAAUCCAAGCAUAGAAAACUAACUAGACUAGAGAAAGUAACACCAGGGGGAGAAAGUAACACCAGGGGGAGAAAGUAACACCAGGGGGGAGAAAGUAACAUCGAUAAAGAAAAAGUAACAAUCGAAAAUAGAAUCAUCAAAGAAAAGUCACAGGGGAAAAAAAUAACACUAGUAUUCCAUAAGUAGCAACACCAACAGGGAAAGUAUCAGGCUCGUUCCGUAGCAGGUAGCAGGAAGUGGGCGUUACGAUGAGGAGGGAGACUCGGGUAGGUGUGGGCGUGGUGAUAGUGGCCUUAUGGGUAGGUCUCGCCACGCCCACUAGCCAGCCCUCACCUGAAAUCAAGACUGAAGCUCCGCCCCCAAGACCUGAAGCUAUCUACGCCCCUGAAGGUGAAUUGACUGAGCGUGACGUCAUCCGGGAACGCUUUGAAGACUGUCCGUUGUACGUGUUCGGGGAGCUACGGACCAUCAAGAGACACGGCGAGACAUGGCUCAAUGAUGGCUCGGCCUGUGAGACGUGUGAGUGCGUCGACGGCCUCAAGAGAUGCUACUACCACUACUGUAACGCUGGCCUGACGGAGGGCUUCAUGACUCCCCCAUCAGACAGACCUUUUCUGGACGACGAGGACCUCAUUGACUUCCAGGAAGGGUCAGGACAGCUCCCCGACGACUACUACAAGAUCCUGCACGAGUUGGAAGGACCAGGGCCUCAGGAAUCCGGUCAGGAGAAUGAGAAAGAUCAACGAGAUAAUGAGACCCAUCACCCUAUUACCCCUGGCUUCUGUAGUCCACCCUGCCACAAGACCUGCCCACAAGGCUAUAAGAUGGAUGAGGUGCGGGGAUGCCAGAGAUGUAAGUGCUACAAGUGUCCUAGCAUGCGUGGAUGCCAUCUGCACUGCCCCGGAGGUCUGGCACUGGACCACCACGGCUGUCGUACAUGCCACUGCCAGAGUCCCAAAUUGGCUGUUUUCACCACCUCACACGAUGAUGACUUUGUGGUCGAGGAUGGCAUGGGUGUCGGUGUGAGCAGUAGUGUGUACGUCACCACACAGACCGACCCGCCUUGUAAUACCACACGUGUGAGUGGGUGUAGCGACGGUCACAGGAUGUACCCUGUAGGGGCCAGAUGGGGGCGAGGACCCUGUGUUUCAUGCAGCUGUGUCGCCCCUGGCUACACCCAGUGUAAUGUAACCCAGUGCCCCCGAGUGCCCUGCCCUAGUCACCAAGACGACCUCGCCGCACUGCACCAAGCUGCCCACCCGUGCUGCCCACCUUGCACAGACAUGGAGAGUGAAGGUCAUGCCAACAAGAAUCUUCAGAAUGAUGGUCAGAGCUCAUCUCUGGUUCCCAAAGACCAUCUGUCAGCCACGUACCCACACUCCCACACCCCCACGCCUGAUGACCUCUCUCAUCAUCGGACUGCCAACUCAGGAGCCAGUGACGGAACAACCAAAAGUGCUGUGCAGACUUCCCCAGUGGAGUGGUCACAACUGUGCCUCAUCAUCGUUCCACUGGCCGUGUUUCUCCUGGUGGCCGCCCUGGGCUUCCACUACUGGCGGAGAUACCACAGGGAUAAGUACGACAUCAACGUGUACAGACCCGCCGAGACCGAGAAGCUGCGGCCCGUCAAGACGGCUGAUGACCAGCUCCACAUCCGGCAUGUGUGACCUCAGAGUGAAAGAGACAGAAGUACAAGCAAACUGACGUAGAGAGAGAGACUGAGGAAACGCGAGGUUUAUGAGACGUUGUGUUAUGUAGAAAAAUGUUUUCUAUGUAAAAUGGAUCUGAAUGAAAAGAAAAUUAUUAAUCACUUAAAAUAAGUGAAUUUGCAAAGAAAUGUAAUUUAAACAUUUACCAGGGAUAUUUUAUUUAUUUACAAAGCAGCAUUAUUUUUUCAGAUAUGAAAUUUAUUUAACCAAAUUUUGUAUGUGACAAAUAUGCACAAAGUGUACAUGGGAUGAAUAGAUAGUUUCAUGGUGAAGAUGUAUCCAGUCUGUACAGUAUAAGGAUACAGCACUGGAAAGAUUGUGAUGUGCAGAAGAAAAACAUUACUCUGUAGAGGACCACAGUCCUUGCAGCUGCCAAGUGGUGAUAAUUGUGGACAUUGUCAGAAAUAUUAAUGUGUGAUAAACAUGAAUACUGUAAAUGGUAUUACAGUAUACAGAAUUAGUUAUAAAAGCAUUAAGUUAUAUAUAAAUAUAUAGAAUAAAAUUAUAUAUAGUUAAAGAUAAUAUACCAUUGUGUAUGAUUAAAUAUAUAACUGUAUUGAAAUGUGUAAUUAUUAAUAUUGUAAAAUGAAAGAAAUGUGUAGAAAAUCUCUUGUGAGUUGUGUUUUCAGUGGUAGGUGUUGUAUACAAGUGGAUGACUGGGAUUUAUGACCUAACCCACCAUACUUAGUGACUCACGUAAAGCACACACUGAGCCUACAUGGUUAGGAUCUAGACUACCCCUGACAUUAGUGGCAAAGAACUUAAUGUUUGAGUACUGUACCUCCUCAUUGUAUCAAUCUCCCUUAAAAAAGUUCAUCGAUAAAAUUAGGGCUGCUGAAGUAUCGUUGUAUCGCAGUAGCAAGUAGGCACCGCACCUUCAUCAGGUUGUUCAUAGUCAUUUCUAUGUUAUUGAAUUAAAUCAUCUGGUGUUGGUCAAAUAAAACAUUAAAAGUGUCAUUCCCGUCGUGAAGGGAUCAAUGGCGAUCUUUGCAUCUAAAUUCCCCCUUUUUAAGAGUGUUGGUUGAAAUGAUGAGACAGACAGAUCAUAAGAAUAGUUCCAAGACAGUAAGUAAUAUUAGGAGGGGCGUCGUAGGUCCUGAUCCCAUAGACUUGCAGUAACGAGCGUCUUACAUGAGUCACCCAGUCAUUGGUUCGGUCAUAGAUUCGGAUUUCAGUUUCAGUCCUUCAUUUUCAUCGAGAUGGAAUGUUUUUUAGACUAAUCAGAAGAUUCUUGUAUCAUGUCUAAUAUUCUGAUUGGGUAGAUUAUCAUGCCUAAUACUCUCAUUGGGUAGGAUAUCAUGCCUAAUACAUCCUGAUUGGGUAGGAUAUCAUGCUUAAUACUCUGGUUAGAUAGCCAAGACUACCCUGAUAAUUGAUAUCAUGUUUUCAGAUGGAUAAAUAACAGGGAAGCUUUUCAUAUUGUUGUAAAGUGAUUUUUUUUAUUUAGGAGGCUGAUGUCUCUUA